GGAGGGGAGGCUGCUAAUCAGAUCUCACCAUAAUGAAUUGAUUUAAUUAACAAGGGAGAUCUUAGGGACUCUGGGAAAUGAGUGCAGUUCUCUGGCAGCGGCAGGAAAGCACACAGCACAUAAAUUGGAGGAGAAAAGCAGCGAAGACGACGUCUCCUUCCCACACACGGAAUAUUCUUCCCCCCCUUCUCCUCGGUUCGAGAAGCCGUCGUGAGACCCGGCUGGGAGUAAGUCGUCUUCCGUUCCACCGAGGAAGAUCUUAUUCCACACGCCAGGAACGCCGGCCGUCAGGAAUCCCCCCCCCACCCUCCAUCUGUUACCGGAUAGCUCCGUCGGUAGAGCGUCAGCCUUAGUUUAUGCCAUUCUUCAAGGUGCCGGAGGAAGGGGGUGAAAGAGUCUUCGCGUUCUCCACGCCAGGCGCUCCUGAAUGUGAUCCGGGCUCUCCGGGAGUCGCGCCGUCGUGCCGCCGCCGUCGCUGCCGCUGGCUGGCUGCAUCGUAAGACGUGUCUCAUCUGCCUGGAAGGACACGCGGAGCCUUCUGGAGACGGAGGCGUCCGAGAGCGGGCUCCCCGCAGCCUCUGGGAGGAUGGUGCUGGAUAAAGAGGAAGGAGUGCCGAUGCUCUCAGUCCAGCCAAAGGGAAAACAGAAAGGCUGCGCGGGUUGUAACCGGAAGAUCAAGGACCGCUACCUGCUCAAGGCGUUGGACAAGUACUGGCAUGAAGACUGCUUAAAAUGCGCCUGCUGCGACUGCCGCUUGGGCGAGGUCGGCUCGACGCUCUACACGAAAGCAAACCUUAUACUUUGUCGCAGAGAUUACUUACGGCUCUUCGGAACCACAGGGAACUGCGCCGCCUGCAGCAAGCUCAUCCCCGCCUUCGAAAUGGUCAUGCGCGCCAGAGAUAACGUUUACCACCUGGACUGCUUCGCCUGUCAGCUCUGCAACCAGAGGUUCUGCGUCGGGGACAAGUUUUUCCUGAAGAACAACAUGAUCCUGUGCCAGAUGGACUACGAAGAGGGGCAGCUCAACGGGAGCUUCGAUUCCCAAGUCCAAUAGCAACUGGCCAAGAAAAGCUCCUCCCAUUUUGGCCGCCCCGCCGCGCAAGCAGCGACAAAGUGUCCGUUGGCUCGGCUGCAAUAUUUUUUUAAAUCUUUGGCCCCCUCCCGGAACCCCCCGCCCCAGGACUGUGUACGAUGUGGUACUCUCCGUCCCCCCCGCGAGUUGCGGUUUUUAGGUGUACAGUCGUGCCUGGUUAGCUGCGCACCGCGUUUGCCCGUAUGUUCGUCAGGGAAGUUUCGGGAGGGUGGCGGCGUUCUGGGGGCGGCGCCUGUACAGUCUGUUUUAUGUAUAUAAACUGGAACAUUUAUUUUAUGAAAAUGUAAUGCAAUUUUAUUACUGGUGUGAGAUUAAAAGAUUAUGAAUGUUU